AUGUUCGGACGAUUCGGCGCCCCGAGGGGAUUCACCGCGAGUUAUCGCGUCUACCCCGUGAGCUUCAUCGACCGCCCGCAGGUGGAGCUCGGAGACAAGGCGAUCAUGCCCCCGAGCGCGCUGGAGCGGUUGACUCGAAUGCAGAUCGAUGAGUUCCCGAUGACGUUCGAGGUUGAGAACGCGAAGCGUGGACGGAAGACGCACUGUGGGGUGCUUGAGUUCGUCGCGGACGAGGGCGUGGUGUACCUGCCGUACUGGAUGAUGCAAAAUUUGUUACUGGAGGAGGGGGACGUGGUGAAGUUUACGUACGCGUCGCCGCCGAAGGGUACGUACGUGAAAUUACAGCCGCAGACGAAGGAUUUCUUGGACAUCUCGAACCCGAAGGCGGUGUUGGAGAUGACGUUGAGGAAUUACACCUGUCUCACGGUCGGGGAUACGUUCGUUAUUCAUUACAAUAACAAGAAGUAUUACAUGGAUGUGGUGGAGGCAAAACCGGGAGACGCCAUCGGAGUCGUGGACACCGAUUGCGAGGUCGAUUUCGCGCCUCCGUUGGAUUACGUCGACCCUUACGGUCCCGAUAACACGAAAUUUGAGGAUACAAACUCCGGGGCGAUCAACGCGCCGAAGAAGGAGGAAGUCGCGGGUGACGACGCCGGCGCGUCCACGUCGGGCGCUGAGACGAGCGUGGAACCAAAGACAAAGACUUUCCUGGCGUUCGCGGGCGGUGGACGCCGAUUGGACGGCAAGUCUAUCUCCGAGAUCGCUCCGGUGGAGGUGGAGAUUCCCACGACGUCGCUUCGCGUGACCAAGGAGUGGCAACAACUUCGUCAGGGCGGCGUCCUCGGCGGAGAGACGAGCAAGGAACCCGAGCAGCCCAAUCCGGACGGCGACAUCGACCGCAAGCGCAGCGGCAAGGUUGUUUUCGGCGGCGCGCGCGCGGCCGCAAUCGCGCGCAAGAAGGAAAAGGCGGCGGCGGCGAAAAAAGACGAUGCGCCCGAAAAGAGCGACGCCAAGCCGACGUCCUCGUUUGAAGCCUUCAAGGGCACCGGGAACAAGCUGCGAUGA